CAGGCCUAAGUCAAACAUGUAAAGAUCCUAAUGGGAAUGUUCAUCCGCUUCCCUAUGGAUACGUGAAAGAAAUGCAAUCUUUUAAAUGCUUUCGACAAUGGUUCAUCAUCAUGCUUGUCAUUCACAAUUCAAGAUGUUUUUCUCUGUAAAAGAGAUGUUGUUUKUUUUCCUUUUGUCCACUUUGCUAAGUGCAAAAUUGGUACAGGCUGGUCURAGUCAAUGUCCURCGUCUUCAAAMCAGCAAAUCACCUCUCCCUGCAAGUUCUCGCCUGGAACGCAUAGUUUCGAGACUCUAACUAUUGUCAGCGAUGUUUACUUGGAAAUGGACGGCUUGUCCUGUAACCAUACUUUCAAUGUGACCGAGGGGUUUAUAAUUCAGAGCUCAGCCACGAUCKAUGUCGGGUUUUGUGAAAAACUCUCAGGAGUUGGGAAUGGUGUCGUCACAAGCUCUGGUGGGUCAGGUGGAAGYCAUGGCGGUCGCGGGGGUACAUCAAGCUUCCAGGCACUAUCAGCAGCCCAGGCACSAGCAUAUGGGAGCGUCUUCAAUGUUGCAACUCAUGGAAGUAGGGGAGGAGGGACAGGAGGAGGCAAAGGUGGCGGAAAUCUUCAAAUCAUUGCAAAAAAACUAACACUGAACGGGAUUAUUCGUGCAAUCGGUGAAAAUGCCGAUAAUCAUGGUGGUGGUGGUAGUGGUGGUGGUGUUGCUGUUAUAACAAAUCAAAUUGACGGAGUGGGACGAAUUGAAGUCUUUGGUGGUCUUGGAGCAGGCAAUGGGGGAGGUGGCGGUGGUGGACGGUCCUCAGUUGUCUCAGAAYAUGGACUUUUCAAAGGACAUGCACACGCUUUUGGAGGAAAACCAAUUAAUGAGGUACAAAAGCUUCAAACAUCUAGCUUAACGGCUUCAAGUCAGUUACCUAGUAAAUGUUGGCGAAGUGGGUACUACUAUACAUGUGGAUGGAACAACAGAAGGUGUUACAGAAGUGGCUGGUACUACACUUGCUAUCUCAAUUCCCCAUCUACUGGUGUUCUUAACUAUCAAAGUAACAGAGGUGGGUGGGUUCCAAGCUUAGUGAUGAACCAGCCUUAG